AUGUGCAUAAUGAAAUCCUACGAAACGCGCGGCCGCACCGUCGUCGAACCCCCUCCGCGCCGCGGAAACUUCACCUCCCACACCCCCGCCGGCGUCAUGCGCUUGCCGCGGGAAUGGCGCCGGUCUGCCUCGUACAGCGAUGACGGGCGAUAUGUUGAGUACAGACGCUCCCAGCCCCGCGCGAUUGAAUACAUUGAGGAGCCGAGGCGCAGCACGCAUAGGGCGAGGAGCGUGAGCAGGCGCAGGAUUAGUGAUGUCGAGGUGAGGAAUCCGAGGGGCAGUUUUGUCGAUGAGAGGGUUUCCAGGAGGAGUGUGAGUCGGGUUAGGUAUUGA